CGGCGCGUGCGCAGGACCCUGAAAUUGAGGGGACGCGCAAUGCCGCUGUGCAUAUACCCCUUUGCGCUGUUUUUAAAAACAUGUUUUUUAAAAUUAAAACAGAAGCGAUUCGGCACAAAUGAAAUUUAAGCUAAAAUAUUGUACAACACGGAAUUUUUAAUUAAUUUAAACAGAAAGUAUUAAUUAUAUUGUUCGUGCACAUGUGAAGACGUCUAAAUCGACGAUCGUUCGCGAACGCGGCUGCGUGUGGAGCAAGGUGAGCGACUUGGCGGAACGUCACCGCAGAAGCUCCUUUGCACGGUUGAUGCAUCAUGAGGCUUUGCAGCAGAACCCUCCCUUUGUCCCUCCCAAUGUUGCUGGAGUGGUGGCCCUUCGGCAGAAGAGCCCAUGCACGCUCGCUGUCUCGCAGACUCCUCCCACGUCGAGGUGUCACCACCAAGGGCCCCGCCCUCCACCCUGGAAGGCAGGACUCCGUCGAGGUGCUCGGCCAUUCGUACCCCCGGGACGACUUCACGAACGUAACGGGCGGGAUCCUGUCUAAGGUGGGCCGCAACAUCCACAGCCAACCCCAUCACCCGCUGUGGGUCAUCAAGGAGCGCAUAAAGGCCCACUUCUACGAGACCUACGUAGGCCGCAGGAGCAACCCUCUGUUCUCGGUGCACGACACCCUCAGUCCCGUGGUGACCGUGGAGCAGAACUUCGACAGCCUCCUCAUCCCUCCCGGCCACGCGAGCCGUAACAAAGGGGACAACUACUACCUAAACUGCAGACACAUGCUGCGGGCGCACACGUCGGCCCACCAGCGCGACCUCGUGCGCUCCGGCCUGGACGCCUUCCUGGUGGCGGGUGACGUCUACCGGCGUGAUGAAAUCGAUGCCACGCACUACCCUGUUUUUCACCAGAUGGAGGGAGUGCGGCUUUUCUCCAAGCACGAGUUGUUCGCGUCUGUGAAGGACGGUGAGGACCUGUGCCUGUUUGAGAGCGGCGGCCAGCGCACCUGCGACAAACAGGAGAGACACACACUGGAGGCAGUCAAGCUGGUGGAGUUCAACCUGAAGCAGACCCUCACCCGCCUCAUCAGACACCUGUUUGGUGAAGACCUGGAAAUUCGCUGGGUGGACUGCUAUUUCCCAUUCACUCACCCCUCCUUUGAGAUGGAGGUAAACUUCUGUGGCGACUGGAUGGAGGUGCUGGGCUGCGGGGUGAUGGAGCAGCAGCUGGUCCACUCAGCCGGAGUGGAGGACAAGAUGGGCUGGGCUUUCGGGCUGGGCCUUGAGCGGCUGGCCAUGGUUCUCUACGGCAUCCCCGACAUCCGCCUCUUCUGGAGUCAAGACGAGCGCUUCCUCAAGCAGUUCCGUUUGGCCCACAUAGAUGACCCUGUCACCUUUCAGCCCCUGAGUAAAUACCCUCCGCUGACAAAUGACAUCUCGUUCUGGUUACCCACCGAGGGAUACGGAGAAAAUGACUUCUAUGACCUCGUGAGGACAGUUGGAGGGGAUCUGGUGGAGAAGGUGUCUCUGGUGGACCAGUUUACGCAUCCAAAGACGAGAAAGACCAGCCACUGCUACCGAAUCACAUACCGCCACAUGGAGAGGACUUUGACACAGGAGGAGGUGCGAGUGCUGCACCGAGCCAUCGAAGCUGCUGCAGAACAGGAGCUGGGGGUACAGGGGAGGUAUUGACCUCUGCAAGCCAUACUCAUCUGGACAUCUGCUCCAAGCAGGGCAAGAAGCCCUGCUGGCCUUGACCGCCUUCACAGAAUGACUCAGGACCCCAACAGCAGCUGCACCGUCACACCAUCAUUACACCUCCUCAUGUGUUCUCUUUAGCGCUCCAUGGCAGCAGAGCAGCAGUGGACAUUUGUAUAUGAUCUCCUUAUUUUGAGUGUUAAUGACUUAAAUAGCAAAAACUUACAUGGGAAAAACAAGUCUUCCCGUGCACUGAAUGUCACAACCCCUGCCAGACCCAGAUUUAUAAACGGAUAAAUAACUGCGUAUGCUGUUUAUAGCUCAGUAUUCAAAUAUAGCAUUAUAAGUCGUUCUGAUGCGAAAUAAAUAAUAAUAGUAAUAACAAUAAUUAAUAAUCAAGGAGUCAGUCUGUAUUUACCUGUGCUGAAUUUGCUGCAUUUGUCUUUA